AUGCCAGGCAAAAGAAAGAACAGAAACUUCUCACGGCCAUCUCGCCAGGCUCCGAGAUUCUUCCCUUCUCGGAGCGCCUUCAACACACCAAACCAAGGUGCAGCAUCCCAAAACGAAGUUGCAGCACCCCAAGUUCAAGUUGAGGCAUCCCAAAGCCAAGUUGCAGAACCCAAAAGCCAAGUUGAAGUGCCACCAACCGAAGCCGCGAUGCCACCAACCCAAGUCGCAGCAUCCGCCGACGCCGAGCGAGAGCGUCUCAACCUCAAGAUGAAGGACAACGCGUGGGCCAGAGCCCUCCUCACGUCCCAGAUCAAGCAGACGCAGCGCGACAUCAUGCGUACCAAACUGCUGGGCACCUACGAGAAGGCCACUGGCGACUUGCUCUCCGAGUUCAUUCUCAAGCUGCACAAGAGAGACCGGGAACUGGAGCAGCUGGAGGCUGAGAUGAAGAAGCUCGGUCCUGAGGAGGGAGCGAAGGCUGCGAACCCGCGAAAGUAG